UAGACGCAGGCCCUGGAUUUCAGAACAGGACUUGCCCCACUGUCUGAAACAUACAGGACACUGCACCACGAGAGCCAUUGACGAAAGAGGAAAGGCUUUUUUGAAGGACAUAUCUUGAAUGUCUAAUUUCACUGCCUUUGGUUUAUUUUACCGCUGAAAAAGGCUUGAAGAGUUUCAUCUGAAAUCCUCUUCUGUCACUGGAUUUCACAAUUGUUUUAUCUUUGAGCAAGACAACUUUUCUCGAGGAUGAAGUACUACCAGUACCCAGUCUCCCAGUCCAUGGGCAUCAAGGCUUAUGGCCCCAAAGAGUCCAGCAGCUCUUCUUGCGCCCGCUCCUCUCCACAGAUCAAACCGGUCCGCAGCGUCCACUUCCCCAACGACAUUGUGUUCCAGGACUACGUCCGGCAGGGCGAGCUGGACAGGAUUGGACUCUUCAUCAGAAAGAGGAGGGUCAGCCUGGAAACCAUCUACCACUCUGGUAUGGCAGCGAUCCAUGAGGCUGUCCUCUCUGGGAACCUGGAGUGUGUGAAGCUGCUGGUGAAGCACGGAGCAGACAUCCACCAGAGAGACGAGGAGGGCUGGACACCUCUCCACAUGGCCUGCAGCGACGGAUUCCCUGACAUUGCCAAGUACCUGAUUUCUAUUGGCGCCGACCCUCAGGCGGAGAACGAGUGUGGGGAGACACCUGCCGAUCUCAUCGACCCAGAGUGCACGGGGGUUCGGGAGCUGCAGGUGCUGCUUGGGGUGGAAGACGACUGAGCUCUCCUCCUCGUCUAACCCUAAAACUCCACUGAAUCUUCAGUCUCUUUCCUCGUCCAGGCCUCCCGGUUGCCCCUCGACAAUGGAAUGAAAUGGACAGAUCGGUAGAACAUCGUCAUUCAGUGCCCUCCCUCGAGGUGGUCCUGGAGACAUAUCUGGUCUGUUGGGAGGAAGGAAGGAGGCCAGCCAACAGUAGAUGGUUGCCUUUGAGAGUGAACUGAACUGUUGCUGGAAAGGGGCUCCUCCCAGGAAAUCUCAGCAGGCAUCGCUUUGUAAUGCUGUUUGCAGGUGCAGAAGUUAGUUUGAGCUUUUGUACUUUUUUAUACAGGGUGAACGCAGCACUGAAAUGAAUUAGAUAACAGUAUGGUAAUCAGCUUUUCUAAUUGCUUUAUAUAGUUGAUGUGUGAAAGCUUUUUUGGAAGUUGUGAAACAUGGAUCUGUCGUUGUCCUCUGACACGUAGGGCCAUUCUGCAAUAGGGCCUACUGCCCACCACAGUAAACCAAUGUGAUAGGUCAACUCUACCUACUGACAGCGUUUAUAGUUAAAGAGUUGUCAUUUACAUCAUACGACUUUUCAAUUUGAAACGAAUACCCUGCAUAUGUACCACAUGAAUAUGUACCCUGCAAACUGUAUGUACUCUAAAAUGUACGACAUGAAUGUUAGUCUAACACUUUACCUCUAAACUUUUGCAAACACCACUGGAAUGGUAAAUUGUGUGUUUACAAUUGUUUUUACAAUCUUUAUAACAAACCGUGUGCAAUCAAUCGUGGUUACACCGCUUUGUAAAUAAGUGGUCUAUUUUAUUAAAAUUGUUUCAUACAAAAACAACUUGGUGAUCUAUUUGUCUUUAUCAACUACUGGUAUAAGAACUUGACAGAACUGUUUGAAGAGAAAGAAAAUGUAUUAUUUUUACUUUAAUUUCAAACUACAGUAACCAAUCUUGGUUCCAAUUAACCUUGGUGGACUGAGAAGCAUUUCUAACAUUGAAGCAAGGUACAGUUCCCGGUAGGAUGGCUCCAGCCGGGGAUCAAGUUAAUGCUUGUUAAUUGGACCAGCUCUCUGCAGGAGGUGAUUAUCCAUGCCUCUGCACAAUGAGUACUGUACAGUAUUGGCUGAGGUGCUGCUUUCUGAUGGAUUUAGAGAGACAAGUUGAAUUUGGGAAAGGGCUGAGGAAAUCUAAAGCCAAGUCAGGGUUGUGCUUUAGCCACAAGAAAAUAGCCCACCAGUAUCAUCAAGAGUGGAAGUUUCCCGUACACCACAUAUCUAGCA